CAGCCCAACUGAGAUCAGCUGCCCCCAGGCUACUUCCACACUCCCCCUUGGGGCCUACCUGGGUCCUGGUGUCGGUCUCUGGGGAAUCCAGGAUCAUGGGUUCAUUAGGGCAGGGAUUGAUCAGCAGGCCCAGCGGCUCCUCCGGAUAGCAGGUGCAGGGCAGGCCCGGCCAGUCCUGGCAGCCGCCUUGGGCCACAGGGUCUUCCCAGCCACGAGCUAGGCUGGAGACAUCUGGUCUCUCCAGCAGCUAAAGCCUGACUGAGCUGUGAGGGCGAGCUUUUAUACUUCCAGGUUGCCGCCUGACCCUCUGAGGGGCGGGCUCAGAGCUCCCUAGCUUCACCCACUCUGGCCUCCGGAUGGGCUCUUCCCCCUCCGGGGCAGCAGGGAGCCACACCAGCUCACUACAGCGAUUAAUCGCGAUUUAUUUUUUAUUCACUUGACAGCCCUACUGGAAAUACAAAAGAAAAAAACCCUGGGAUCUCAAUUUCAUACAUGUUGGAGUUUUGUGUUCAAAACUCUCUCUAAAUAUGUGAAAUAGAGAAUACUGGUGUCCUUGAGUCUGGGACAGAGAGGAAGACAAAAGAAUUGAUUGAACAACUAGGUGAACAUUGAAGCACGCACCUAGUAGAGCUCUGUAAGGUUUCAUUUUGUUCAGCCAGUAGCAUGAGCUGGGAUGACUUAUGUUGCAAAGAAGUGUGGCAUUCGCUUUCAGCCUCCAUCCAUUAUCCUGAUCUAUGAAGAUGAAAACAAGAAUAGAGCACGCCAGCGCAUCAUGCCUAUCCGAAAUUUCUCCAAGUUCUCAGAUUGCAGCAGGGCUGCAGAACAGCUGAAGAAUAACCCUCGGCACAAGGCUUACCUACAAGGGGUCUCACUGCAGCAGCUGCAGAAAUUAUACAGUUUGCUAAGAGGCCACUUGCAGGGAAAGAGUUUGGCCCAGAGCUUGGAGCAGAUUCAGCAGGAAGAAACCAUUGACCCAGAGGAGGACCUGAACAAACUAGAUGACAAGGAACUGGCGAAAAGGAAGAGUAUCAUGGAUGAGCUGUUUGAAAAGAACAGGAAGAAGAAGGAUGACCCAGAUUUCACCUACAAUGUUGAGGUUGAAUUCCCACAAGUUGAGCAGCUGGAAUCCUGUGGCUGGGAUGCAGAGUCGGACAAUGAGUUCUGAUAAUGGACAAGGCCUCCUAAUCAGUAUGGAGACAGAGAGAGAAAACCCAUAUUCUCAUUACACAGAGAGCAUAGUUACUGUGUCCAUCAUAUCGCAUCAGUCUACAGAGCUUGACUGACACUGUUUACAAGCCAUACAACUGAUGCAUUUUACAUUGGUAAAUAAGAGAUCAGUGCCUGUGGUGUUUUAGCAGUUUGGGGAAUAGACAGACAAUUUUAAAAGUCUUAUGUGAAGCCUGAUAAAAAGGGAUAUGGGGAUAUUGAAAAUUAUUUGUAAAUGGUUAGAUUUGUAGCUGUUAAGUAACUGAAAUAAUUUUAAAUCUCCAUCUUUCAGCAUUUGUUUGUUUAUACUUCAUUCAUCUUUGGCAAGGAAACUAGACUGGUUAUUUUUGUUUCUAUUCAAUUUUAUUUUAGUCCUUAAAAUACAGUGUUAAAGUUGCAAAUCUUUACAUCUAACUCAGAAGAAACAUUCAGAUUCUUAUUGCAAAUAUGUAGUAUUUUGUUAUUAGUAGGCUUUUAUAAGUGUUUUAAUCUAUACUCUGUAUAGACAAAUCAAUAUUGCAGUGAAAAUCUUACCUUUAGAUUUCUUGAGUUGUGUUUAAAUCCACAAUCUGAGUAUUCCAUGGAUGUAUGUUUUCAUAUUUAAGAAAUAAAAUAUUUAGAAAACAGAUUAACCUU